AUGCCAACAUCCAACCAGGCGCUCAUACUUAAGAAAGGCGUACUGACGGAGGAUGAAGUGCGACCGACGUCGUCGGGACAUCGGUCGGGAUCUCAGUGCUCUGUGCCGACAGUUGUGAGUACCCUCUUGCUGGACCCGGACUGCGUGUAUGAUGCCACCUGCCACCGCGCCUGUUGUAUGCAUGCACCGCGAUUCCGGAAGGAGAGCCCACAGAAACCGGACGCACCUAGCGGGAUCGCGGCACGGGGCGCUGUUGAUCCUCAGAUUGACAACAUCGAUUGGAUCGCCCCAAGUCUGCACAUGCGCAGUGACAACAUCGACCGGAUCGCCCCAAGUCUGCACAUGCAUGGUGACAACAUCGACCGAAUCGCCCCAAGUCUGCACAUGCGCAGUGACAACAUCGACCGGAUCGCCCCGAGUCUGCACAUGCGCAGUGACACACCGCCCAGUAUUCCGAACGCCGCAGUUUUCAGUUUCCGGAACAACGCAAACGUGUCCCAGUCGAAGAUAAAAAAUGGUUAAGACUCCACUUUCACGAU